AGGUUUUAUUCAGAAGACAUACCUCACUCAUCAUCAAGCAAUGCACACAGGAGACAAACCGUUUAAAUGCCUGGAAUGUGGGAAAGCGUUUCUUUGGAAGACUAAUCUGACCUGUCAUCAAAGAAUUCACACAGGAGAGAAACCAUUCAAUUGCCUGGAUUGUGGGAAAAGUUUCAGUCGGAAGGCAUAUCUCACUGGUCAUAAAGCAACUCACACAAGAGAGAAACCAUCUAAAUGCCAGGAGUGUGGGAAAGUUUUUAUUCGGAAGGUGCAUUUUAUACGUCAUCAAGCAACACAUACAGGAGAGGAGCCAUUUAAAUGCCUGAAAUGUGGGAAAGCUUUUAUUCGGAAGGUACUUUUCAUGCGUCAUCAAGCAGCUCACACAGGGGAGAAGCCAUUUAAAUGCCUGGAGUGUGGGAAAGUGUUUAUUCGGAAGACACACCUCAUUCAACAUCAAGCAGCUCACACAGGGGAGAAGCCCUUUAAAUGUCUGGAGUGUGGGAAAGCGUUUAGUCGAAAGACACGCCUCAUUCAACAUCACGCAACUCACACAGGGGAGAAGCUAUUUAAAUGUCUGGUGUGUGGGAAAGCGUUUAUUCUGAAGACAGACCUCACUCGACAUCAAGCAACUCACACAGGGGAGAAGCCAUUUAAAUGUCUGGAAUGUGGAAAAAGCUAUACUCAGAAGAGGUCUCUCAGCUAUCAUCUAGCAACUCACACAGGAGAGAAACCAUUUAAAUGCCUGGAGUGUGGAAAAAGUUAUAUUCAAAAGAGAGAUCUCACCUAUCAUCAAGCAACUCACACAGGAGAGAAACCAUUUAAAUGCCUGAAGUGUGGAAAAGGUUUUAUUCGGAAGACAGAGCUCGCUUAUCAUCAAGCCACUCACUUAGGAGAGAAGCCACUUAAAUGCUUGGAGUGUGAGGAAAGCUUUAUUAAAAAGACGGAUCUCACUCAUCAUCAACAAAACCACAAUGCAAAAAAGCCAUUCAAAUGCCUGGAGUGUGGAAAAGGUUUCCCUAGGAAGACACAACUCACUAGUCAU